AUGCAUUACGUAUGUACAUGCAUCACGAUAUAUCGAAUAUCUUGCCAAUUUAAACAUGAGGCAGCACAUUCAGUUGCUUGGAAACAUCAUAAACGAGAGAUUCAGCUGGAUUCCAGACGCGAAGCGGAUUUACGAGAAAACAUACUACUCGCAUACCCCAUUAGUAGUAUCCACUGUUACACUAGUAGGGUGUUACGUUUGGACAAAAGCGUUUCCUUGAAGGAAGCCGCCUAUAAGGACCGUCUGGCAGUCGCGGCGCACACAAUCACCAUGCUGUUUGCCAUUUAUAGUUUCCAGUACUUUCGUCCAGGCGAUGAGUCGGUGUCAUACACUUGCAACUCGACGCUUAUUUAUCCCACGGGAAACGACUUCCAUAUGCACUUUAGUACGCUCUCGUUAUUUCACGAAUAUACGGACCUCACGUUUUACUCGCUCGAUGCUUCGGCGAACGCGAAGCCAACUUUUCGGGCCACUGCAUAUUUCCCCCAAGGAGGAGGAUAUGGACUGACCCGGUUUGGAGAUUAUUUGUCCAAGCACACAAUGUUUUCUGGUCUGUUUGCCAAUCGAUUCGCCAACUUCGACAAUAGACUACUGCGCCUUGGAGUUCUGAGGGAGGAACCAAUGGUAAUCGGAGGCCAGCUGUUAUCCAACGGCACUUUGGUGAAUGCAACCGGAAUGUCAAUUGAUCUUCUGGACAUACUCAGAGAAAAAUACAACUUUAGGCCGCCUCAUAAUUCAUUUGGCACGAUAUUCAAGAUAUCGCAAUAUAUUUUCAUAAAGGAAACAACUCACAAGGUUGCUGAAAACUCUUCGACAGCCCACGACCGGUUUCGCCCUUCUUGA